AUACAAGGACAAGUUAGUACGCCGUGCAAGUAGUCGGUAACUUCAGCUGUAUCGUCAUCAUAGACCUUCAUCUCCGGCGAAUGGUUGUAAAUCACCAAUUUAUUACAGGAUUUUUCAGGAUUUUCCAUCUUCAUAUUAUAUGCGUACUCUAUUUUACUAUGGGUUACUCUAAUAAACUUACAGAAGAAGAGGAAAUGCUCCAGAAAAAGUUCGCAAAACUAAGGAAGAAGAAAAAGCUGAUUCAGCAACUAAGACAGAGCAAAUCACAUCCUCAAACCCCAACAACUCCUCAACCGAAAGCUGCAAAAAGACCUGCUGAAACAAGUCAAGAAGAUGCAAGAGAACUUGCAAAGAAGGUUCUAGCUGCUCAGCAAUCCAAGUUGUCCAGGCCUGAAAACAAAGAGAAAGGUUUCAAGAGGUCCCGCAACUUAGAAAGACAUCGUCGAGAUCCUGACAAGCCUCCCAGUGCUGCACCUUCUUAUAAACCAUUUGAUGAUGCUAAAUCUGGUCUGCGGGGUCCCGGAGAGCGGUCCUCAUCACCAGGCGUCGACUCUCCUAAGAAGGGUCUCUAUGACAGCUUUGUGAGUAGCGGAACUCUUGAUGAUGAGAAACGUGGAUUCCAUCAAGACUCUUUUGGUGGUAGAAAGCGAGGACACACAAUCUUUGUCUCGGCACAAGAAAUCAGUCAGGAACUGUGUAAGCAAGCCUUCAGCAAGUUUGGUACAAUGGCAAACCUGGCCUUGGAACCAGAAAGAAGGCGUGCCUUCAUCACAUUUGACACCGUGGAAGCAGCAGACAAGGCCUGUGAAGAGAUGAAUGGAAACAUGGUGAACGGGAUGACCCUGAGGGUGAAUUUUGCAAGGAAACAACCUGCUCUAGAGGCAGUCCAGAACAAUACCAACUCACCUUGGACCAAGAUAGCUGGCGGCAUUACCAAGACCAGACCAAAGGAUAGUAGAGAGGUGGUUGUUUAUGAUAAUGAUGACCCGUUCGCAUAGAAGAUUGUCACUGAGCAGUGAUUUGUGCCGAUAAUGUUGACCCAUUCACAUUGAAGAGACCAGACCGAAUGAUAGUAGAGAGGUGGUCGUAUACCACGAUAAUGAUGACCCGUUCGCAAAGAAAAGAUAAUCACUGAGCAGUGAUUUGUGCCGAUAAUGUUGACCCAUUCGCAUUGAAGAGACUAGACCGAAGGAUAGUAGAGAGGUGGUUGUAUAUGAUAAUGAUGACCCAUUCGCAUAGAAAAGAUUAUCAUUGAGCAGUGAUUCGUGCUGAUGAUGUUGACCCAUUCGCAUGGAAGAGACCAGAUGAAAGGAUAGUAGAGAGUUGGUUGUAUACCACAAUAAUGAUGACCCAUUCGCAUUGAAAAGAUCAUCACUGAGGAACCAGUAUGCUGUCACAUGAAUAACUGAGAGGUAGUAUGCGGCAGUUCUCCAAAGAAAGACAAUCACUGAUGUGUUGAAAGUAAUGGUGCCUGUGACGAUAUGUGUUAACACAGCUUAGCAGAGCUCACCUACAGUAAAGUGGAGAUUUGUAUGUGAGAGACUAUGAUGAUGAUUUAAAAUCUCUUGUAUACUGCAGUUGUUUCUGUGAAUGUUUAGUUUAACACAGCUUAGUAGAAUCACCUAUAAGGGAUGACUCGAAGGAAAUGUUCGAUGUAAGGGACGAUGACGGUAAAGGUAUAAAAAUACUUGUCUCUGACAAUAUCAGUGGUGAUCUCUUACCAUGUGAAGUCUGAUCUCGACAUUGUCAAAGUAAGAGGAAAUUGCAUUAUGAUAGUGAGUGAAAGCAUGAAAGAUCAGUGAUGACUCAUUUUCGUUUAAAUGCUUGUUCCUUCAUUCUGAAAUUGUAAAAAAGAUUGCAACAUGUGUUAAUGGUAGUGAUAACACUUUGACAUCUAGGAAAGAUUGAUGCUUAAAAGUACUCCAAAACAGAGAAGGAAUUCCAUAUUUAAACAUGAUGACAGAUUCGCAUUGGAAACCACUGUGUUGAAUGUGGUCAGGGUAUGUGUUACGAUUCACAUGAUGGUAUCAGGUGCAUGUGGGUGCCACAUAUAUUACAAAAUGAACACCAUGCCCAAAUUUGCCACUGAACCUUGUCCUGCAUAACAUGUUUCUUUGUCAUUCUUUCCAACCAGGUGGGUGUUUCAUAAAGCCGUUUGUAAGUUAAGAGCCACUUUAUGAACGACUGGUGAUCCUUUCUUAUGCGCUAAACUAUCGUCAAUGAACAUUUUUUUGGUGUAUACCACUUACCACAAGAAAGGACCACCAGUCGUUCUUAAAGUCGCUCUUAACUUACAAACAGCUUUAUGAAACAGCCCCCUGGUAGGUGUUUCAUAAAGCUUUUCGUAAGUUAACAGUGACUUUACGAGCGACUGGAGACCCUCUUUUAUGAACUACAUCAACACCAAUUAAAAGCUGGUGUGUAUCAUUUACCAGAAGAAAGAAUCACCAGUCAUUCGUAAAGUAAUUUGUGGAGUCACUCAGAACUCACCAAAAGCUUUGUUAAACUCCCAAGUGGUAUUGAAUACAUGUAGGUAAUGAAAACUGACAACAUUGCUAUUACUGUUUGAAAUCUAAAAUUCCUUAAACACACCAGGUGGGUGUUUGAUAAAGCUGUUUAUGAACGACGGGUCAUCCUUUCUUGGGGUAAAUGAUACACGCCAGAUUUCUAUUGAAGUUGAUUUAGUUCCUAAAAAAGGAUCACCAAUCUUGUUGUCCCUUGUAACUUCAGCUUUAUGCAAUACCCAUGGAGACUAAAUGUUUGGUGGUUUGUAAACUUCUUUAAUGUAAUUACUUCCAUGGUAUCAACCUCAAAAGAUCUUGAUGAUAUUGCAAAUGUUACGUCAGUGUUAGAAAAAAUCUGUGUGAUUGUUGUAAAAUUGUAUGUUGUAUUCUGUAAAGAAUAAAGUGUAGAAUGUAUUCCUUGUGAAA